AUGGCCGACGCGCUUUGCGGGCCUUCCAACGCCCUUCAGAAUUUCCAGAAACAUACUACCGUCGAUCGGACACUGCAACAGGAUCGCCUGGUCGGCAGACAUUCACCAGCCCAAGGCUUCAGAUCAUCACCGGGACUAAAUGCAGGCGCACUAGACUCCGAGUUCGAUGCAUUUCAAGCCGGUCGACCAGUGCCGGCGCACGACUUCCAACACUUCGAUCCGCGAUUCGCACAACCUCCUCCUCCUCCUCCUCAGUUUGCGCAAUCCCCACAGGCACCCGACUGGGCUGCUGACUUCCAGCGCUUGAACGUCAGCAGCCCACCUCCACAGACGUUCCAGCAGCAGCGACCGCAGCCAGCGAACGCGGCAUCAGCAUGGCAUCAGGACUUCCUGAGGCAGCAGGCCCCGGUCGCGCAGGCGCCUGCCUUGCAGCAGAACACAUAUGGAGGCAUGUCGGGAUAUAACAUGGGUGGAUUCGGUGGACAGGCAUACAUGCAGACACCGAAUUUCCAGAACGCCCAGGUAUCCGAGGUUGCACAAGGAAAGCAGCGCGCCCAAGACGACGUUCCCGCCUUCGACGAGGCGGCCUUUGAACGAGCGUUUGCGCAGGCGCAACAAGACAUGAUGGAGGUCGCAGAAGCAGAGCAAGUACACACACAGCCAGCGCAAGAGGCGCUGGACCUAGACCGGCCGGGUGAGAUGGAUCCUCUUCUUCAACGGAUACGAGAAACGCGGCCAGCUGUCUACUCUGCCAUCCAGGUCUGGAGCGAAACUGGUCUCGGACGAACCGACGAAGCGGUAACAUACCUCCAAAACAUGGAGAACAUGGAACGGACCGGUACUUUGGUGCAAGACGCAAACGAGGGGAGAUGGAUCGUCGACUCUCUGCAAAGAAUUGUAAAUCGCGACGCCCCUCAGGAAGUCAAGACCCGAGCCGAGAAGCUCAUCACGGCAAUCAACCAACGCCUCAUGUCACAGUACCCACUGGGCUCACGGGUGCUGAUGAGCGAAGAGCAGAUAUGGCAAGACCUGGAAGCAGCAGGCUACAUGAGGACACCAGAGCCGAUAAUGCAACGGAUGGAGCAAAGACCUGAGGAAGAGCAGAAGCAAGAACAACCCCCGAAGAACGACGAUGACGAGAUGGCGGCAACAGCAGGUCGACUGCUAGAGCGCGUUGCAGACAACACAAGCGAGAAGUUUCAAAACUCCCAGUUCCUCGGGCUCAUGCGUCGUCUACGAGACCGUGAAGUAAGAGUGCAAGAAGACAAGAUUGUCGAAGUCGAUGGGGCCCAACAGCAGACUGGAAACACCACGUCCACAGCACAGGUCAACAUCCACCAACAACCAUUGUCACAAUUCCACCAACAACAACAACCUCCAUCCACAACGCAAAUCCCCCCAAUCGACCCCACAAUCCUCUCCCACGCGGCCACCGACUUCGAACAACCAAUCUAUUCGGGCGAUGAACCACCACAGUAUGCCCACACUCCUCCCCUAGCACCUAUCAGUGAGGAGUCCCUAAUAACUGAUGAGAUUUCAGAACAAUAUAGAUACUACAACAUUAAUGCCGCGUACCACCGCUGA